CCCGGCCCAUGGUACAAACCUAGCCCACACCGGACUCCGACUUUUCCUUUAGGUUGCCCCCCCGGUGCCCUGUACUCUUUAUUUACGGCCCUUCCUUUCCUUCCUUCUCUUCCUUCUUUCUUCUCCAACCUCCUCCUUCGCCUUACAUCUUCCUUCACUCACAUUCCUACAGACACACGUAUCCCGAUAUCAAAAAUGAACUCGGCUGUGCAAAUUAUCACAGAGGCUGCAAAGUCCUCAAACAUCCUCAAUCUCAUUCUCAGGAGCUUUGACCGCGCCCAUGCGCCAAAGACCGCGCUCGGCCUCUAUGUGCUCUACAUGUUGAUCAAGUAUCGCGACAAUUCCAUCGGCACCCGUCGCACCAACUUGCCCGGACCCAAGGGUCUGCCGCUCAUCGGCAACUUCUUCCUCGUGGCUUUCACACCCAUGAACAGGAUCUCACACCUGCAUGAUCGCAUGCAAGAAAUCUACGGCAACACCUGGACCCUCUCCAUGACAGGACUCGGUCGAACCAUCAUGGUGAACGAUCCCGCCUGCCUCGAGCACGUUCUCAAGACCAACUUCUGGGCAUAUGAGAAAGGACCCAUCCUGCGCGAGUCCAUGGAGGAUCUUCUCGGUCAGGGCAUCUUCGGAGCCGAUGGCGAGCAUUGGAAGUGGCAACGCAAGAUGGCCAGCCAUAUCUUCAAUGUCAAGGCUUUCAGAGACUACACCAGCAACGUGUUUGUGCAAGAGUCGAACAUUGUUGCCAACUACUUGGACACGAUUGCCGAGAAGGGCACAACAGUCGAUAUCCAAGACAUCCUGCUUAAGUUCACUCUGGACAGCUUCGGCCAGGUCUCCUUUGGACAGUCGUUUGGAUGCCUCGAUGAUCCGGAAAAGGAAGUCGAAUUUGCAGCGGCCUUCGAUCGUCUGAACGCAACGGUCAGCUCGCGCCUCUUCCUCGGUCCCUGGAAGCUGAUCGAGUGGCUGACGGGCACCGAUAAGAAGGUUGCCAAGGAUAAUAAGAUCGUCGUCGACUUUGCGCUCGACAUCAUCCGUAGCCGUCGCGCCAAUGGCUACCACAAGCCCCAGAAGGAUCUCUUGCAGCUCUUCAUCGACCUCAAAGAUGAGAACGGCGAGAUCCUCUCGGAUGACAUCCUCAAGGACAGCAUCCUCAACUUCAUCAUCGCUGGCCGUGAUACGACUGCUCAGGCACUUUCCUGGAUGUUCUACCUGAUGCAUCGCUCUUCCACUGACAAAAACAUUGUCCACAAGCUCCGUCAGGAGAUCAAGGACGUUCUCGGGGACGACCUGCCCACAUACGAGUCUUCAAAGAAGAUGAAGUAUGCCGAAGCAUGCCUAUAUGAAGCAUUGCGUCUGUACCCAAGUGUGCCGCGCAACCUCAAGGUGUGCGUUGAGGAUGAUGUCUUGCCAAAUGGCGUUGAGAUCAAGAAGGGCGAGUUCUACCAGUGGUCCCCAUGGACUAUGGGCCGUGACACUGCUAUCUGGGGCCCCGAUGCCAAGGAAUUCAAGCCUGAGCGCUGGUUCGAGGGCGAAAAGGCCUCGCCCACAAAAUUCCCUGCUUUCCACGCCGGUCCUCGCACUUGCUUGGGGCAGCAAUUUGCUACGAUUGAGGCCAUCACUAUUAUGUCGCUAGUGUUCAAGCGAUUCGAAUUUGAGUUGGUUGACCCUGACCACGAGCCAGGAUAUGGUGCUGGUCUCACCUUGCCUAUCGCCAAAGGCCUGCCCGUUCGCGUUCGCCGCCUUGACCAGAACACUGUUAGCGUCUAGAUUGUCUAAGGAAGAUAUGCCAUGCCCCAUACGUGAAAUGACUCAACCAAUACAACUACAUAUGUAUAACUUCUGGACCAAUCAGCCUAUACCCAUGCAGCAAUGACAGCAGCGCAACGCGAAAAAACAACAACCUGUAAUAAGAAAAACAGUUUUAAUAGAUCAAUCAACUUGCAUAUACAAAAUCAGUUAGAAAAUAUUUUAAUGGCCUGUCCUCUGUGUACUGUCCAUGUAAAUCCAAGAUUAUCUCCUAGC